CUAAAUGUGAACAGUGGCACACAAGAACCGUUUAAAAACAUUACACAUGCUCUACAGAGCACAAACGCACAUCACAUUUCCAGGGUGUUAUCAGCGUGUGCAGUACACCCUGGCGAGGUUUGAACACAAUUGUAAGGCACACAAUACUGCUUUCUGUACAGAAACAGAUAUCCAUUCAUCUUCCCAUCAAUCCAUUAUCGAUACCCACUUAUUCCUGGGCAGGGUCACAGGGGGUGCUGGAGCCUAUCCCAGCGUGCACUGGGCGAGAGGCAGGAAUGAACCCUGGACAGGUCAGAAACAGAUAUCCAUCUAUUUAAAUGGAUGAAAAUGAACAAAAAAAUCCCAUAUGUAAGCCUUCCCGGUCAGGGCAUCCAUUAAGCACUUUAACAAUGACGUUAUGAGAAUAUUACGACAACAUUCCUGCCUUUCUUAUACACCAGUACCGCCUCUUUUGUAAUUGUUCUGGUAGGUUCUGCUGGUCACUCAAAUCUCAUAAUCUCACCACACUGCUCGCCUGUUUGUGCAUUAGCUGUGACCUUUGACCUUUUUGACGUCAGUCUCUUAUUUCUCCAGCCAGUCCCUUGUUUUUGCCAUUUCUGUGUUCUAGUCCCACGCAGAAAACUGGUGUUCAGAUAGUACUCUAACCACUAAGGUACAGUGCCCAGAAGGCCCGUGGGAUUAUUCAGAGCCGUGAUGCAGGUGAGCCACGCAGGUGACAUCCUGGGCCCCGCCUACCUGGCGGUGGAGUACGUGGACUCUCUGAUACCGCCGAUCCCCAUGCAGGCCUCCAUCCGGAGCGCCUGGAACCACAUGCUGGAGAACUACUCCAGGUUCCAGGUGGCCACGUGCGGCUCGGUCCUCCUCCACGAGCUUGUCUACUUCGCCGUCUGCCUACCCUUCUUCUUCUCCCAGUUCCUGCCGUUCAUGAGGAAGUACAAAAUACAGCAGGAUAAACCGGAGACGUGGGAAAAGCAGUGGAAGUGCCUGAAGAUGCUGCUGCUCUCUCACUUCUUCGUGCAGAUUCCCUUGAUCUGCGGUGCCUACCACUUCACCGAGCUCUUUGGCAUUCCGUACGACUGGGAGUCCAUGCCCCGAUGGCCCUACCUGGUGGUGCAGUGCUACAGCUGCGCAGUCAUGGAUGACACCUGGUUUUACUUCACGCACCGACUCCUCCAUCACAAGAGAAUCUACAGGCACAUCCACAAGGUCCACCACGAGUUCACUGCUCCUUUUGGCAUGCAGGCGGAGUACGCACACCCUCUGGAGACCGUUAUUCUGGGUGCUGGCUUCCUGAUUGGCCCCAUGGUGUUCCGCAGUCACCUGGCUCUGCUGUGGAUCUGGCUUCUGUUCCGUCUGCUGGAAACCGUUGACAUCCACAGCGGAUAUGACCCGCCAGUGAACCCGAUGCACAUCAUUCCCUUCUACGCCGGGACCCAGUUCCACGACUUCCACCACAUGAACUUCGAGGGGAACUACUCCUCCUGCUUCACCUGGUGGGACAAGCUCUUCGGGACAAAUGUGCAGUACAGAGACUUCCAGGAGAGGGCAGCGCAGCAGAAAACCCAGUGACACUGCCACGGGACCGAACGGAGCCUCGUUCACAAAACUAAAACCCUAAAUCAUUCUUACUCUUGUUCUUAAAAAUGUUCCCCACGAAAAACCAACGUGGGAUUCAUGACACAUGUGCAGACCUUUGUGCGUAUCCCAGGCAUAUGAGAUGACGAACGCCGGCUGUCUGUAAAUUUUAUGCGCAGUCCUGUUCAUGUGAUUAGCAUCAGGAGACAGCCAUGAACAAAUACAGAUAAGAAAGAAACGGUGAAUGGCAAAAUGUUAUUGGAAACGUUCUUACACGAAGUUUACAGUAAUGCAGUAAUUUGCAUAAAUGUUGACAUAAAUAUUUUAUUUUGAAACACACACACACAUAUAUAUGUAUAUAUAUAUAUGAAUAUGAAUGUAUCUUAUCAUAUUUAGCUGACAGUAUCUAAUAUUUAGUAUUUGUCAUUCACAACAUAUUCAAAUGGCCUUUAUCCUUUAUUGUGGAAUAUUCACGUCAGAUGUCCUCAGUACUCAAUUGCUUACAUUAAGUUCAGGAGAAACUGUAAUUUCACUGCAUAAGAGUGAUUGAUGGGAAAUGACUGACUGUACUGUAUUUUAGGAAAUGUCCAAGCCUUAUUUCUGUGUUCCUUCUGAAGACUUGCACAUAGAGAGGGAAGAGAAAGUAAUUAAUCUAAAUUAUUAUUGAUUAAUAAAACUAUAGCAGACCAA